GCGGUGAGCUGCGCAACGCGGCGAUGGCUGCAGGUGGCAGUGACCCGCGGACAGGCGACGUAGAUGAGGACGCCUCACAGCUCAUUUUUCCCAAGGACUUUGAAACAGCUGAAACACUUCUGAAUUCAGAAGUUCAUAUGCUUCUGGAGCAUCGAAAGCAACAGAACGAGGGUGCAGAGGAUGAACAGGAACUCUCAGAGGUCUUCAUGAAAACAUUAAACUACACUUCUUGUUUCAGUCAUUUCAAAAACAGAGAGACCAUUGCCAGUGUUCGGAGCUUAUUGCUCCAGAAAAAGCUUCAUAAGUUUGAGUUGGCCUGUUUGGCCAACCUGUGCCCAGAGACUGCUGAGGAGUCCAAGGCUCUUAUCCCAAGUCUGGAGGGGCGAUUUGAAGAUGAGAAGCUGCAGCAGAUUCUUGAUGAUAUCCAGACAAAGCACAGCUUUCAGUAUUAAUCUCCAGAUGUCCCUGUGCUGCUUGGGAGGACCAUGUUUCCAGCAUAGCACCACUUUCCUGGGACUGGGUCUGACUUGCACAGAAAUUCUACUGCAGAAGACGUUUGGGCUUCUUUAGAGAAAACAGCCCAGCUUGGUGUCGGGUUAUGUUACUGUUUCAAAUGACUGUUAAGCCACAAUGACAUGUAAUCUUGGAGCAGCCUUGCAGUUUCCCUAGCUUGUCUCUGGGAACAGAUGACUGCCUCAUCUCAUGGUUUUGGCCCUCACAUCAUUUUUAACUUUUAAUACUUUGGGUUUUAAUUUCAGUGUGUUUAUCCUUUUUGAAACUAGACCAGAACUUAAUUAAACUUGUAUAAGAAAGAGCAGUCUUACCAAGAUGCCAAAGGAAG